GGGACGCGCGCAGAGAAGUCGGCGAGGGGGAGACGUGUGAAUUGGACCGGUGAAGCGCGACGCUGAGGCGUUUCCGAGCGCAACUCGCUCACCUGAGACUGGAAGACGUCUGAGAGGAAACUCCCCCUCCGAGCUGCGCUGACCUGCUGGCCCACUGGGAGAAGGGACGCGGCUGUGGUCAUGGCUUCCCCUCUGAAAGCGGGCUUCCACAGGCAGGAGGUCCAGAAAACCACCUGGGACAUCCCGGAUCGGUACACGUCCCUGAACCCCGUGGGGUCCGGCGCGUAUGGGACAGUGUGCUCUGCCAUUGACCAGAAGACGAAGGAGAAAGUGGCCAUUAAGAAGCUGUACAGGCCAUUUCAGUCUCUGAUCCACGCCAAGCGAGCGUACCGAGAGCUCCGACUGUUGCGCCACAUCCAGCACGACAACGUGAUCUGUCUCCUGAAUGUUUUCACCCCCGAAUCCUCGCUGGAAAAAUUCCAAAGUUUCUACUUGGUGAUGCCGUUUGUGGCUCAGGAUCUGGGCCACAUAAUGAAAAAGAGGAGACUGACAGAAAGAGUGAUUGUGUAUCUGUUCUAUCAGUUGCUGAGAGGACUGAAGUAUAUCCAUUCUGCUGGGAUCAUCCAUCGGGAUCUGAAGCCAAACAAUCUUGCCGUUGAUGAAAACUGUGAAUUAAAGAUCUUGGACUUUGGCUUGGCCAGACAUGCCGAGAUGGAGAUGACCGGCUAUGUGGUGACGAGGUGGUACAGAGCGCCUGAGGUCAUCUUCAACUGGAUGCAUUACACUCAGACAGUUGACAUAUGGUCUGCUGGCUGCAUCCUGGCUGAGAUGAUCACUGGGCAGGUGCUCUUCCCAGGAAAUGACAGUAUGGACCAGCUGAAUAUGAUCCUCGAUCUGACGGGAACGCCGCAAUCAUCCCUGCUGCAGAAAAUGCAGAGCAAAGAUGCAAGGACAUAUGUAUCGUCUCUCCCGGUCCAGAAAAAGAAAGACUUCAGGAAAGUCUUUCCAGCGAUGGAUUCUUGGGCUGUGGACGUGUUGGAGAAGACUCUGAUGCUGGACCCGGAGGUCAGACUCACGGCUAAAGAUGGACUGUCUCACCCUUACCUCAGCGAGUUCCACGACCCUGAAAACGAGCCGGAGUCUCCACCUUAUGAUGACUCUUUUGAGAGCCUGCAGCUGGACGUCAGCGAGUGGAAGAGCCUCCUACACAUGGAGAUCAUGACUUUUGACCCUGACAAUCCCAGACAGACUGCAACAUAACACCUCAUCAGAUACUGGGAGGGCAACAAGAAUCACAAGCGUUUUAAGGUGCAUGGGAUGUUCUGUAUGUCUGUAUUAGUGAUCCUGAUGAGAGCUGUGGGGGAAAGUAAUGCCUUAGCUUUUCCCAGAGGAUGUAUAGACGACUUUCCUUUGGCUUUUAUAUUGAUGUUUUCUUCUGCUUCUACCCCACCUUUUACUUUUAUGUUCACAAAAAUGUGCAGUACCAUUUCAGAAAGAAUAAACCAGGGGAAUGAUCAGUUA